ACUCUCUUUUUUAGGUAUUUAAGAUGUAGCACACGUUACUGAAAUUGUAUUCAGAUAUUCUCCACUCUUAUUUUAGGUAGUUAAGAUGUUGCAAAAGAAUGGUAGGAUUCUCUUCAAAUGAAGAAAUAAUUACUUGAUUGAUUGCUUAUCUCAUGCUACAGUGAAAAGAACGGGAAGUAGUUUUUACUGGCAGAAAAAGCACCUAAUAUUACCAAGCUUCUGCCAAUAAUCUGGCCUAGGAGUAAAGUUUCUGAAGUGAGAGAUAUUGUUAUUACAAAACGACUGAUACAGCCCCUAAGCUUAGCAUGCUGCAGUCAAUGAUGAAAUAGAAUAGGGUAUUUAUAUAUUGCAGAUACAGCACCUAAAAAUAACAAGCUGCUGCCUACAGAAUCCUAAAAAAGAUGAAGAUUGAUUGAAUCUUUAUAGGCCAGGGCUUAGCCAUUUUAAGAUACAGCAGCUAAGAACAGUAACGUGAUGCCUAUGUAUGAAUUCUUCUUCCGAGCGAGGAUGUUCAGCACUCCUUCCCUCCUACCACCAUCCUGGCAAAGGACCGGCACUGGAGUACCCAAAUAGAGGCGUCUCUUAUGGACCAGACAGAGUACAUCCUGUUUCAAGAGGUGUAUUCUGGAAGAGCGUCGAGUCAUGUAGGACCAUACAAGAGAAAAGAAUACAUCUUGUGUCAAGAGAUUUGCUGUGGAAGAGAAUCGAGUCCUGUAGGAGCAGCGGAGAGUAAAGGAUGUUCAGCACUCCUUCCCUCCUACCACCAUCCUGGCAAAGGACCGGCACUGGAGUACCCAAAUAGAGGCGUCUCUUAUGGACCAGACAGAGUACAUCCUGUUUCAAGAGGUGUAUUCUGGAAGAGCGUCGAGUCAUGUAGGACCAUACAAGAGAAAAGAAUACAUCUUGUGUCAAGAGAUUUGCUGUGGAAGAGAAUCGAGUCCUGUAGGAGCAGCGGAGAGUAAAGGAUGUUCAGCACUCCUUCCCUCCUACCACCAUCCUGGCAAAGGACCGGCACUGGAGUACCCAAAUAGAGGCGUCUCUUAUGGACCAGACAGAGUACAUCCUGUUUCAAGAGGUGUAUUCUGGAAGAGCGUCGAGUCAUGUAGGACCAUACAAGAGAAAAGAAUACAUCUUGUGUCAAGAGAUUUGCUGUGGAAGAGAAUCGAGUCCUGUAGGAGCAGCGGAGAGUAAAGGUGAGAAAUGUGCAGUCUUGUUUGUUUUCUUUCCCUUUGAAAUUGACUGAUGUUAGUGAAAAGAUAUAAUAAGAGUCAGAAGACCAAGUAGUAGGCUAAAUGGCAGAGACAGCAAUUAAGAUUAGCAGGCUGCUGCCAGUAACUAGUGUUUCUUUUAUACAUUUAUAAGCAUUUUGAUAAAAAUGUGUGGCAGAGACAGCACCUAAGAUUAGCAAGCUGCUGCCAAUAACUAGUGAUGUUUUAUG